CCAGCGGCCCAGCAUCUCCGGAGGGCGACGGGCGGAGGGCCGCAGAGGCCUCGCCAGGCGCUCUAGGCGCCGUGCUGCCGCGCCAUGAGCGUCGCGGUGCAGUGCGGCCACUGCGGCACCCUGAACUCUGCGGCGGCGGGCGCGCAGCGGCUGAGGUGCGGCCACUGCGGGACCGUCAACGCCGUGCCGCGCAGCGGCGCAGCGCCGUCGGCUCCCGGCGCGCCGCCGGGCGUGGCGGCGCCGCGGCGGCAAAGGCCGUCUGCAUGUGAGACCCAGAACCCAGAAGCUCGGCAUCGCUCGGACGUGUGCAUGUUUCCUCGGCGGGGGCCAUCGAGAAGCAUCCUGAGACAUCUUGCGAGAAGUAAGCGCAAAGAGGCCGAACACUGCACAUGGGAAAGGGCGUCCGAGCGAUGGCAAGGAGCCCCUCGAGUAAUGGAGAAGUCACGACGGGAGGUUCUCCGCCAUGUUUGGACCCUGGGGGCCCUUCCCGGGUGCCUCGGGACCGCCAAGCCAUUUUUCCCGGAGUGAUCUCUGGUGCGUGCCCUUUUGGGACCGACGAACGCGAUGCGUCAGCAGCGCCUUGUGCGCGUGGGUUUGCCCCCCCCUUGCGCCGCCCCCUGAGGCCGCGCACCGAAGGUCCCUCUCGAACGGGUCCCUCUUGCGUGCCUCCAAGAAGAGGACCCAGGUGGUGCUGACCGAGCCGGGGCGCUUUUGCCACUGGGGCUGCCAGAAACGCUGCUGCGGGAUCGUGGGCGCCUUUGUUCUCCUGGCGGUGCUAGGCGUGGUGCUCUCGGUCACGGUCGGGGCGGCCCUUGCGGCGACCGUCGUCACCCUGGGACCCACGCUCAUCAUCCUGGGCAGCUACUACAACCGCUACGCCGCAUCCACGUUCAAGGCACAGAUCUGCUACACCUUCUGCGAGGCGGUCUGCUGGCUCGUCCCGCUCUCGGUGUGCAUCGCGUUCUUCGACCCGUGGUGGGACAGGGUCGCCGGCGAGCCGUACGAGCUGGAGUGUUCCUGGCGGGCCCGCUCCGGAGGCAAGCUCCUGGUCCACGCGCUCACGUUCGCCGCCCAUUGCAACGAGUCGCUGAGCCUGCUGAACCCACGCCCGGUGGGCUCGUGGGACGGCCUGCCGUGCUCGCUCGCGCCGCUGGGGCUCGGCAACGGGUCGGUGGCGCUGCCGGACGAGCGGGGCUGCUUCGGGGGCUCCGCGCUGGUCGCCCUGGAGAGCGCCGCGGUCGAAGAUUGUUCGUUCCUCCGUGGACGGGACCCGCUGCCCCGGCUUGGAGGAGACCGUCCCCGACGCGCUCGGCAGCGUGUGAUCAUCGAUCAUACGGCACCUGUCUUAUAUGGGCAAAACCAGUGGCGCGGGCGGCGAGGGCCCCAGGGGCGCGUUCGACUCGCUCUUUGGGCCGCCGCCGUCGUCGCAGGGGUGCAGGUGCAGAAAGAGCCUCCACAACGAGAGCACUCCCAGAUAUGACUUCUGCGCGAGCGGGACAUGUGCUUGUGUCGGUGAGCCCGGGGUCCACGGUCCCUGUUCGGCCGUCGAUUUGCAUCACAACGUCACGAUCGCGUUUCACUUCAACAAGACCACCGUGUCACACGCAGUGGUGAGCGCUUACUUUCGAGCGGCCUUCUUAGAAGAGACGUUGAAAUAUUGAAUGCGGCGCAUUCUGUUCAAGGACCGCACGGCCGAUUCUGGCGCGUUGCUAACCUAUGGUCUUGCUGCUGCGGCGGGUUUCGCUACGAUAGAGAAUCUGCAGUACGCCAUUGCGGGAGGCCUGGGAACAAGUUUCGCGAGAAUGGUGACGUCAAUACCCCUCCAUUGCUGCACAGGCCUGAUCAUCGGCAUACACCUGGGCUACCGAAAGUUCCUUGGCAGGGGGUAUGUCUGCCACGAGGGAUCCCUCCCCUGCGUCAGUUUCCUAUCAGCGAUCUUCGUGCCGGUGUUGAUCCAUGGUUCUUGGAAUGUAGUAAUUAUGUUGCCGCAGGACGCUUCUUGGUUUCCCGUAGAGCUCAGACCUGUCGUCGCUCUCGUCACGCUUGUAUUGGGCUUCGUUUACUGCCGCUGCGCCUGGAUGGGGAUCGAGAACGUGUGCGUGGUGCACGUCAAGGACUUGGAGGCAGCAGGGCGCAUCUCGAAGCCAAACAUCUGCUGCUGUGAGCCAGGCUGCUGCAGGGGCCUCUGCGAGACCAGUGACCCCCUGGCCCAGCGCCAGGCCCACCUGGACGCGGGCAGCUCCGCGAGCGAGUCCGACGACGGCGGCCUGCUCGACAGGGUGGUCAAGGGCCCCAGCGGCGAGCUGCUGCCCGCCGAGCCCCCGUGCCAGACCCGGGAGGCGCUCUGCCCCGGGUGCGGCGCCGCCGUGCGCGUGAACCGGGCCUUUCCCUCCGACUGCCCCUUCUGCGGCUUCGAGCACGGGGACCCCUGCUGAGCUGCCCGGGGAGGCUGGCCGUCCUGCGCAGUUUCGUGGAUACGACGGGCCAACAAACUCGAGGGUGAGCCAACCCUGCAGCCGGUCGCCUGCUCGAGACAUGGCCAAGAGAGCCCGCAGGUCCUUUGCCUCCGACGGCCCCUUCUGCGGCUUCGAGCACGGGGGCCCCUGCUGAGCUGUCCCGGGGGGCGGCUCGGCGCGGCGUGCGCCAUUCUCCCGGUGGCCACGGGGGGCGGUGACCUGCGGCGCGUUCCACCAGUCACUACUCGCAAAGUGCCUGCUUGCAAACGCCCGAAAACACACGUCUGCUCUGAUGCCACUUAUCGCAGAUGCCCCGCGGUGGAUCCAGGCCAUCUGCGAGUAGUUGUGUACUUUUUGCGAGUAGUGGACCGCGCUCGUCUCGUCUCGGCUGAUCACCAGGACGGUGCUUG